AUGAAGGUGAUCGGUUGGACAUGUUGGCUCUUGGCCAUGUGUAUCUGUUUCUCCGAGGCAAGGAAUAAAUUAAGAAGACCGCCUCUAGCCCCUUUGCCUCAUGCACCACCGAUAUUCAAGAAAUCAUGGCCUAUUGGGCCUAGAAUUUCAAUGGGAAACACGAUACACAUUGGUGGAAAUUUUCCUCAUAAAAGAAUAUCUUAUAAACCUCCAAAUUAUAGGAUUAGACGACCUCCGACGUUCAAUAUUCUUCCUACUACCUGGAAAACUCAAAUGCCAGUUCUCGGGAUUUUGAACAAUCAUGCUGUACUUCCGCAACGUCCACCAGUCAAAGAAUUUCAUACGAUGAAUCAAGUUCCAGAAUAUAGUCCAGAAUAUAGACCUGAACCAAUGAUAUUGCCACCGACUCAUCGAGGUAACCUCGACGACGAUAAGGGUCCUAUUCAUACGAUACCUGCACCUAAUCUGAGCCCAGCCGAUAAGCCUUACAAUUCUGAUGCUAAUUCUGGACAAAAGGCCAUUUCUCAGCAUCAAUAUAGUAACGAUCUCAAUUAUAAUCUCAAUCUACAAGGUAAUACAUUGGCAAAUGAUUUUGGAUUAGCGACUAUUGGCACUAGCUUGGCACCUCAACGAACUGUAACUAGUCCAACGCCUAUUCAACAUCAAUAUGAAGUUACAGAGGACAAUGAUCUAGCUCAAAAGGAAUAUCAUACAGUCCAACCGACAUUUUUCACUCCGGAAUUCGAUGUAACCAGGCUGGCUACGGUAGUCAAUCCCGAUCUACAAACCAACGAAGUUUUCCUCAAUCAUCCACCCAUAACCAACACGGGCCUAGCGAAUAUUCAGUUUGGUCAAACUGACACACCAAUGCAAACAAACUUGCGCAGUUCUCUUCACGUUGGCUUCCCUGGUACCGCCACUCAAGCAGCCAAUACGAUUGGCAAUCAAAUUCCUGAUUUACACGUUGGACAUCCGGCACCAGCUGGACCACCUUUAUCCGCUACUCAACUUUACGAACUCUUGAACAGCUUCCCGAAUAAACUUACGGAACAAUACACAGCAGUUCAGCAACCUCAGUUACAACAACAUUUACUACAACAACAACUUGGCCAACUUCUUCAGCCCAACGGAGUCACGAGUUUCUCUCAACCACAGAUGCAUUCCUUUAACUACGAUGAACAAGAUAAUCAGCAGCAGCAACAGCAGCAACAACAGCAUCAACAAUUACAACACGAACAACAACAGAUAUUAUUAGAUCCAAAUUUCGCAUCUGGUAGAGUCACUGCGGAUUACAAUUUGGAGGCAGAACCUUCGAAUAUACAACAGACUGAUAUACAGUCUGACGAGGAAUUAAGCUAUACUGCUGAAGUACCGAUUGAACAAACAGAAAAUAAUAUUGAUUAUGAGGAAACGAAUAAUCGGGCUGGACAAUCCACGUAUUUUAGCAAAGUUACCAAUAACGGAGGAUUAUCGACACAAUUUUACACAUCUUUGCCUAAUCGCGAAGCUGCAGAGAAAUUAGCUGCAUUAGCUGCUGCUGGAAAUGUAAAUAGUCAGUUGAUUGGACAUCUACGAAAGCAACAACUGGAGAGACAACAGCAGAGCGAAGUUAUGCCACCCAAUCACAAGGACGAGAGUUAUCAAGAUACUCAAGAGCAACAAGAGCAGCAGCAACAACAACAACAACAACAACAACAAUAUGAAUCACAGUAUGAGCAGCAACAGCAAUAUCAUCAGCAACGUAUUCAUCAUGAACAGGCUGAAAAUGAAAAACGUGAUAAACAACGUUUUCUACAACAACAACAACAACAACAUCGACGAAGGUUAAACCAACAAAAUCUUAAUCAAGAAAAACGACCCUUACGAAUAAUGGUACCCGAUGACGAAGAAUACGUGAACGAUUCUGAUUCACAGAACGAAGAGAAAAUAGAGUAUGAAUACGAGAUUGACGAAGGUGACACGAAGGAUUCUCGAACUACCACCUCGUCGAACGAACGACUUUAUGAACAAAAUUCGAAAUAUGAAUUUGGUACACGACUCAGAUCUAAGACUGGAAAAUGAAAAUAUUUAUUAAUAUAAUAUUUGUAUAUGAUGAUUAUUUAUCGACAAAUUUUAGGAUACUGUUAACAGGUGAUUUCCAUACUCGAAAUGAUU